UUUCUUACUUUUGUAGUUUCAUGGUCUUCCUAACAUUUUGGUUUUUAAUAGCUGUUUUUGUAUGCAGGCGGUCAGACACUGAAUCUGUAUGAGAAUGUUACACUGAGUGGUGGAUGGACUGUCUACCCUAUUAGCUACAUCGUCGUGGAGAAUACGAGUGUUGUGUUAUGGUGCAAGCGGAAUGAUAACGUCCCUCCUGCGUAUCAGAUUAGAUCGUUUGACGAGAACACUUUUGGAAAUGCGCUACAGAAGUUUGGGAGUGAUCCUCUGGUGAGGAGUGAACCUGGGACACUAAAACUCAAGAUUGACAGAUUCAGUAAGAAAUACGAAGGCGAGUGGGAGUGCGCUAUACAAGUGAAUGAUCCUGAUCAUGGACUUCAGGCUCGCUUUGGUCCAACUCGUAAGGUGGAGCUUGCAAUUGCUCCUACCAUCAGUCAGUUUACUGCUCCUAAUACCAACUUGUCGGAUUCCGUGACGAUUACUUGUAAAUCUCCUGAAGCUAAACCAGAUCCUUCUUACCUGUUCAUCAGGCGGCAGAAAACAGGAGAGAUACUGAAAAAUUCCUCACUUACAAACACUGUGAGCUAUACUAUUGACAAAGUCAAAGAAACUGAUGCUGGAGAAUAUGAGUGUGUUGGUGAGAACAAGGCUGGACUUAGAAGCGGGACAGUGUAUUUUACAGUUCAGACUGUUCCUCAUACUCUCAUUCUAAAUGGGCAAAACACUUACACAAUCAGUCAAAUGGAUAACAUCACAUUUAGAUGCGAGUCUACAGGCAUUCCAGUGCCACAAAUUUGGUGGUUUCAUGAUGACCAAAUGCAAAAGGCUGGUGAGCAAGGAAGCAGUACAUUGACUAUCACAUCGGCAAAGAAAAGCGACACGGGCACUUACACCUGUGAAGGAAAGAAUGAUGCAGGAGUGGACAUGGAUACAGUUGUUCUUCAAGUUCAAGUUUCACCUGAUGCAACGACCAACUUGACAGCUAAGGAAAAAACAAAUAUUUCUAUCACUUUGUCAUGGAUAUCUGGAUCUGAGAACUUCAGUCCAAUCAAUGGAUAUGAAGUGAUCUAUAGACAGACCGGAUCUAGUGAUUGGAUGAUUGCUAGAAAUUUCAAUGACGGAGCCACAACAGAACAGCUGGUCGAGGGGUUGAUGCCUUUGACUGAUUAUGACUUUAGAGUGAGAGCCAGGAAUGCUAUUGGAGAAGGAGAAUUCAGUGACAUAGAAAAACUGAUAACACAUCCUAAUGCUCUGUCUCUCGGUCCAACUGAGCUUAGCUAUAGUGAAGUUAAAGCCAUAUCAGCAAAGCUGACUUGGAAAAUUGUCAAUGAAAGCCUUUUAGCCAGCAAUGAAGGCAGCAUAACAUACUAUGAGAUGGCAUACAGUUAUAAUAAUCAAAGUAAUACGGAAUAUACAAAUGGAGCUGCUCCAUCAGGGACACUGACUGGUUUAUUAAAAGGUGCCACUUAUAAGGUGGUAGUGUAUGCAAGAAACGCAGGACCAUAUCGAUCACCUCCAUCAAACAAAGUAUCGUUUACAACUGACACAACAGUACCAGGCAAGGUGACCAGUCUUGGCACAACAGAGGUAACAGAGAACAGUCUCAAUGUUAAGUGGGAGGAACCAACAGACACUGGAGGACAGAAUGUACGUAUAGAUGGGUACAGAGUUGAGUACCGUGCUGGUGCAUCAAGAGAUUUCACAAUAUUUCAACAAAAUCAGCAAGAAACAGCAGCUCUUAUUGAAGGACUCAUACCAAGACAGGAGUACACAGUGAUAGUCACUGCUAGGAAUGUUAAUGGUUUUGGUGUACCUGAUGAAAUUAAGAGAACAACACAGACUGAAGCACUUACUGCCAUUGAACUUCAUCCACCAGAGACACUUCGUGUUGACAAAGAUGCACCUGGCACAGCUACAUGUCUAACUUCUAGUGGUGCUCCACCACCACCACCAGUUGAGUGGAGGGUUAAUAAUGAGGUUGUAUCAAGUGCAGGGUCUAUUACGGUGCGAAAAAACGUCUUGACUGUGGCAUACGCUGAAGAUCUAAACAAGGCAGUCAUCUUUUGCAAAGUCAAUGAUAUUACGUCAAACAAAGUUACAGUCGAUAUUCCUAGUGAAGGCAAGAGUAGUGGCCUUUCAGGUGGUGCAAAAGCUGGCAUUGCUAUUGGAGUGAUACUUGGAAUUAGCAUAAUGGUUAUCAUUCUAUUGAUCGUUAUGUUGAGGAGAAAACAGUCUGGUGGAAAUGUUAAAUCGAAGAGUGUAAAGGAGCUGUCUACAGCAGUGGAAGAACACGAAAGGGAAGCAAUUGAUGAUUCUACAUAUGAGGCAAUACCUGGCACUGGCAUACCAGCGACUCCACUGUAUGAAGACACCGUCAUUCGCACAAGUCCACAUUAUCAAGGAUUAUUGGUUGACAAUGCAGCUUACAAAACAACAGGUGCUGAAAACCGAGGUAAUGGGAAUUAGAAUGUUUAAUGUAUAAUCAUGCAGGCAGGCUGUUGCUAGUGAAGGACUGUAUUAGUGAUGCUUUCUAUCUAUGGACUGUUCUUUAAUAGUAGCUUGUUGAUAGGGCUUUUAUUGCAUUUUUAUUAUGCAUCUGUUGCAAUUGGUGUAUGACAAUCAUUUUAUGCAAUGGUAACAUUUCAGCAACUAGCUGGAUAUUUACUUUCUACAUGUGAGUUGUAGGAGUUGCAUCUGGUAGUGAAUCUACUUUGUCAACUUUGGUAUAUGUGUGGGUAUACUGCAGCUCACACACUACGACUUAUGUAGACUAUAGCUACAAGACAAAUUACAA